ACUUCCGGAGCGCGGUGACGUCGCGAGAGUUCUUCCCGACGCAAACACGCGGCGGGGUUGUAGGCCGAAGGGCGGAGAGGAGUGACAAUUGCUAGGCGGAGACAGCUCAGGGAAGAAAGACCUAGGAAAGGAUCAGGACUGGCGGGAGGUACUUAACGGAAAGGAAUCUCUGCCCUACUCCUGUGACCAAACCAGAUGCCUUCUUCUACUUCACCAGACCAAGGAGAUGACCUGGAGGCCUGUGUUUUAAGAUUUUCUGACCUGGAUUUAAAAGAUACAAGUCUUAUUAAUCCCAGCAGCUGUCUGAAAGCAGAGUUAGAUGCCAGUACAAAGAAGAAAUACUCAUUUGCAAGGAAAAAGGCCUUUGCCCUUUUCGUCAAAACCAAAGAAGUUCCAGCAAAAAGGAAUUUUGAAUGUAAAGAAAAAUGGUGGAAAUGCUGUCAGCAAUCAUUCACAGACCAGACCAGCAUCCAUAGACAUGUGGCAACACAACAUGCCAAUGAAAUUUACGAACAGACUGCAUCUAUUUUAAAGCAGCUGGCUGCAGCGUUGAGCACCUCAAAGAGUCUUAUGUCUGCAGACCAGAAGAACCCGGGGAAAGAGUGCCUUAUGCAUAGCCAUGAAAUGUCUGCUUGGCUCCCUGAUGUAAGCUGCAUUAGCCCUGAUGAGCUGAUAAGUGGCCAGGGCAGUGAUGAAGGGGAGGUGUUACUGUAUUACUGCUACUGUGACCUGGAGGAUCCCCAGUGGAUGUGUGCCUGGCAGACAGCUCUGUGUCAGCACCUGCACCUCACAGGCAAGGUUCGAGUUGCUACAGAGGGAAUCAACGGGACGGUUGGUGGAAGCAAACUGGCUACCAGACUGUACGUGGAAAUCAUGCUUUCUUGCCCAUUGUUUAAGGAUUAUCUGUGUAAGGAUGAUUUUAAGACCAGCAAAGGAGGAGCUCACUGUUUUCCAGAAUUGCGUGUUGGUGUAUUUGAAGAAAUCGUGCCCAUGGGGAUCAGCCCCAGUAAGAUCUCCUACAAGAAGCCUGGAAUUCAUUUAUCCCCGGGUGAAUUUCAUAAAGAAGUAGAAAAGUUUUUAUCGCAGGCAAAUCAAGAACAAAGUGAUACUAUCCUUCUGGAUUGCAGAAACUUCUAUGAAAGCAAAAUAGGACGAUUCCAGGGCUGCUUAGCCCCAGACAUCAGGAAAUUCAGUUACUUCCCUAGCUACGUUGACAAAAAUCUAGAACUUUUCAGAGAGAAGAGGGUGCUAAUGUACUGCACUGGGGGCAUCCGUUGUGAGCGGGGUUCAGCCUACCUCAAAGCCAAGGGAGUGUGCAAGGAAGUGUUCCAGCUCAAGGGUGGCAUCCACAAGUACCUGGAAGAGUUUCCUGAUGGCUUUUACAAAGGGAAGUUGUUUGUUUUUGAUGAGCGUUAUGCGCUGACCUACAACAGUGAUGUGGUGUCAGAAUGUUCAUACUGUGGAGCCCAGUGGGACCAGUAUAAACUCUGCUCAACUCCCCAGUGCCGCCAGCUCGUUUUGACCUGCCCUCCCUGUCAAGGACAAGGAUUCACAGCCUGUUGUGUCACGUGUCAAGACAAAGGGAGCAGGAAGGCUUCAGGCCCUACCCAGGACAGCUUUAAAGAAGAAUGUGACUGUACAGCCCGGCGGCCGCGCAUACCCAGGGAGCUCUCACAGCAGCUGCUCCUCCCUGGGAACCCAGAGCCAGGGCCUGCUGUUGGUGAGGAUGGGCCGUGCCUUGUGUGAGCAGCACAUUCGGCAUUCCCCGAGCCUUCAGUAAAAGUAGUUUGGGGUGACUACAUGUAGAAGAAUGUCAAGGCUGCAGAAACAGAGAAAUCAGAACUUGUGCUGGACUAUGCCACCGUGGCAUACUGGUCACUGUAUUGGCCACCUGCACUUCACAGGGGAAAGGGACAGGGAGUCGAAUGUUGAUCACUUACCUGCAACAUUCUGAUUAAGAAGAUCCUAGAGCACAGAAAAACGCUAAGCUAUGUGGGACCACAGAGAUGCUGAGGGAUGGAGCCUUGAGCCUGGUGACCAGGACAUGCCCUUUCUCUGCCGUGCAGCAGAACUGUAAGUAGUCCUUGUCAGCAAAUCUGUCUUUCCUGAUGGCAGACAUGUGAAAGCUGUGGCCCUGGAGAGAACUUGUAAACCAGGCCACUUAGGUCAUCUGCCAUCUACCCCUACCUCUGUCUCUUCUCCAACAGCCUGAGGGGAUCUGCUAGCUGUGGCAUUUGGCCCACCUCCUGCUUUUGUAGAUACAGUCAUCCCUUGGUGUACAUGGGGGAUGGUUCCAGGACAGCCAAGUACACCAAAAUCCGUGCACCCUCCAGUCCCAUAGUAGGCCCUGCAGAACUUGUGUAUGCAAAAAGCCAUCCAUAAACGCAGGUUUCGCAUCCUGUAUUUUCAAUCCAUGUUUGGUUAAACAAAAUCAACAUCUAAGUGGACCCACACAGUUCAAAUCUUUGUUGUUCCAGGGUCAGCUGUACAGUUAUUGGAACAGCCACACCCAUUCCUUUACAUAGGAUCUAUGGCAGAAUUGAGUAGUUGCAACAGAGACCUCGUGGCCUGCAAAAUCUGAAGUAGUUACUGUCUGGCCCUUUACAGGAAAGUUUACCAACCCCUGCUCUAGAUCAACAGCUUAUCUGAUGGAGAUGGCCUUAAAGAUGUGGCCCCUGUUCAUUUUUUAUUGAUGUGGUUUCUGUGAGAGAUUUCCCCUAAUCCUCCUGCUUCCCCCACCACUCACUCUCUUAGCUUUUAAGCGUUCUCUUUGUGAGAUUCAGAUAAGCUCAAUGACACUGACAUUUGGGCAGAAAUUUUUAGAUCAGCACCUGGGAUACAAGACACAUUUUUAGUGAGGUCAUUCAGUACUGCCAUGGUGGCUGCCCAGCCUUUCAGCCAGUGUGCCAGGCACAAGUCCCUGUCACACAGGUCCCGAGAAACACAUACCAUGCCAUACAUAGACCAACAGAUUUAAUAUUACGUUGCAGUUUCCAGUGAUGCAGAACGCAGCUGCAGUUGUGUUUCAAGGAGAAGCCGAGGGGGAUGGUCAUUCCUGCAGCAGGAUGCCACUCCUGGGCCCAUUUGCAGCCUCAGUAGACACUCUUCCAUAGUGGUGAGGCCCCGGCUCCACCCCUAGUUCUCCUGUACUGCCCACGUCAUCACAGUUCAGUGUGCAGGACUUUUCCUUUUUCAUCAGAAGCCUCUCUGCUCAGUGCUCUGCAGCUCUGUGGCCUUGUCCUUUAUCACAGGAUUUGCUGAACCACUAUUGAAAACAACUCCCCAGAGCAACAGACAGAAAUACUGGUUUAACUGGCACUGUGGUAUAUUAAAAGGCACAAGGGCAAUGUGGCUUUUUGCUGGAUCCCAAGAGACGCAUAUGUUGUUAGAAAGGGAUCCAGCAGAAAUAUCAAAAUUACACUUUCAGAAUAAUCAUCUUGGGGUGCUUUGGCCAAGAUUUCCUAAUUCUUUAAUACCUGGAUUUUCUUCACCAUUGUCCCUCUGAGGCUUAAUUUACAGGCAUAAAAUUAAUGGUGAUUUGUCUAAUAAGUGACGAGACAGGUAGCUGAAGUCUGCAUGCUUGGUCCUGCUAAAUUCCAUAGCCGUGAUGGACUGGAGAUCUGUCUCUUGUGUUGACCUCAC